UUCAAUAGGUUGUGUUUGGCUUAUGCCCCGAGAGAUUUCUGAUUAUUUAGUACCAAGUUUUGAUUUUUCAUCAGCUUGCAUCUUUCUCGGACUAUCCGAAACAUAGACAGAUAAUAUGGGAAAAGCAAGACCAAGAUGUACCUUGGUUAGUCUUCUUUUCCUUCUGUAUGGCCACGGCAUCAUGAUGACAAAGGUGGAGGCUACUAGCAAGGUUCAUAUUGUUUAUCUAGGAGAGAAGCAGCAUGAUGAUCCUAUUCUAACUACAAAUUCACAUCUUGAUAUGCUUGCUAGUGUAGUGGAGAGCAAGGAAAUGGCCUCAGAAUUGAUGGUGCACAGCUACAAACAUGGCUUCUCUGGGUUUGCAGCCAAGCUUACAGAGUCUCAGGUUCAAAAAGUUGCUCAACUGCCUGGAGUUGUUCGAGUAAUACCAAACAGUUUCCACAAGUUACAAACCACAAGGAGUUGGGAUUUCCUUGGCCUCUCCUCUCAUUCUCCUGUUAAUGCUCUUCAUAACAGUAGCAUGGGAGAUGGAGUUAUCAUAGGGAUCUUUGAUACAGGAAUAUGGCCCGAGUCUAAGGCUUUCAGCGAUGAAGGACUUGGACCUAUCCCAUCACGUUGGAAAGGUGCUUGUGAGCCUGGGAAGCAGUUUGAUCCUAAAAUCCAUUGUAACAGAAAAAUCAUAGGAGCCCGUUGGAUCAUUGAUGGAAUGCUAGCAGACUAUGGUCAGCAGUUGAACACAUCUGGGAACCAGGAGUUCCUAUCACCAAGAGAUGCAAAUGGGCAUGGGACUCACUUAGCCAGCACUGCCGCUGGUGCUUUUGUGGACAAUGUUAGCUACAAAGGCCUUGGACUUGGAACGGCAAGAGGUGGUGCACCCCGUGCUCGGUUGGCAAUAUACAAGGUGUGUUGGAGUGUUUUUGGAGGAUGGUGCUCAGCUGCUGAUGUAUUGAAAGCUUUUGAUGAAGCCAUACAUGAUGGGGUUGAUGUGUUGUCGCUGUCGCUCGGAUUACCUCCUCCUCUUUUUUCUGAUAUUGACAAGCGUGGUGGCAUAGAUUUUGGUUCCUUUCAUGCUGUAGCGAAAGGAAUCACUGUUGUAUGUUCAGCUGGCAAUGAUGGACCUUCUGCUCAGACAGUGCUGAAUGCAGCACCUUGGAUUUUAAGUGUAGCAGCAAGCACCAUUGAUCGAGCAUUUCCUACUGCGAUAACACUUGGGAACAAUAAAACUUUCUUGGGUGAAGCCAUCUUUACUGGCAAGGAAAUUGGUUUUAGAAGCUUGAUUUACCCGGAGGCCAAGGAGCUGAACCCCAAACCUCCAGGUGCCUGUGAAUAUCUCUCAGUUAAUGCAUCUAUGGUAGCUGGAAAGGUGGUUCUCUGCUUCACUACGGUCACUGUAGUCCCAGCAGCGAUUGUAUUAAGUGCUGCAGAAGUUGUGAAGGAAGCUGGUGGAGUGGGGUUGAUUGUUGCCAAGAAUCCCAGUAAUGACAUGUAUCCCUGCACCAAUGGAUUCCCAUGCAUUGAGGUCGACUAUGAGAUUGGAACUCGAAUGCUCUACUACAUUCGUUCAACCAGCUUCCCUGUAGUGAAGUUGAGCCCUUCUAAAACAAUUGUGGGCAAGCCAGUGUUGGCAAAGGUGGCUCAUUUUUCAUCUAGAGGGCCUAAUUCAAAAUCUCCUGCGAUUUUGAAGCCUGAUAUAGCUGCACCUGGGGUGAACAUUUUAGCUGCUGCUUCACCUCUUGAUACUUUCCAAGAUGGUGGAUAUGUCAUGCACUCCGGAACAUCGAUGGCAGCUCCUCAUGUUGCAGGCAUAGUAGCUCUUCUCAAAGCAAUUCAUCCUGACUGGUCCCCGGCGGCCAUUAAAUCUGCGCUUGUCACAACUGCAUGGACGAAUCAUCCAUCAGGUUUCCCAAUAUUUGCUGAGGGAUCACCUCAAAAGCUGGCCAAUCCCUUUGAUUUUGGAGGAGGUAUUGCAAAUCCAAAUGGUGCAGCAGACCCGGGUCUGGUAUACGACAUGUGUACAGCAGACUACAUAAAUUACCUCUGUGCCAUGGACUACAACAUCACUGCUAUCUCUAGGCUUACAGGACUUCCUACAGUAUGCCCCUAUGAAGAACUAUCCAUUUUGGACGUUAACCUGCCUUCCAUAACCAUACCAAACCUUAGAAAUUCUACAACCCUCACCAGAACCGUCACCAAUGUAGGAUCCUCUAAUUCCAUUUAUAGAGCUGUGAUUGAGCCUCCAUUUGGAACCAUUGUGUCAGUAAAACCUAAUGUCUUAGUCUUCAACCAUAAAACUAAAAAGAUCAACUUCACCGUUACGGUCACCACAGCCCACCAGGUAAAUACUGGGUACUUAUUUGGGAGCAUAACAUGGACUGAUGGAGUGCAUACUGUGAGAAGUCCCUUGUCCGUCAGAACAGAAAUACUACAACCUUAUAUUUCUGAAAACUAAGAAAUUAUUUAUUUCCAUGAGGUUCACUGUUUCAUCUAUACAAAUUAUUUAAAUGAAAGUUUCUUAGAUGGGAA